CGUAUGUUCAGUACACAAUCGCAAGCCAUGGAUUCACGAAUUGCAGUAGUCUGUGUUGUUUUGGCAGUGUUCGCGGUGGACCAGACGGUCGGAGCGCCGCAAAAAGAUGCUGUGGCAGCAAGCGGUCCCGCCUACACCACAAAAUACGACCAUAUUGACAUCGACCAAGUUUUGGGUUCCAAAAGAUUAGUAAACAGCUACGUUCAAUGUCUGCUGGACAAGAAACCGUGCACUCCCGAAGGAGCUGAACUUAGAAAAAUUUUACCUGAUGCCUUAAAAACCCAAUGUGUGAAAUGCAAUGCUACGCAAAAAAAUGCUGCUCUUAAAGUAGUUGACCGACUCCAGAGAGAUUAUGAUAAAGAAUGGAAACAGCUUCUUGACAAAUGGGACCCUAAGCGUGAAUAUUUCCAGAAAUUCCAACAAUUUUUGGCAGAAGAGAAGAAAAAAGGUGUUGUCAAAUUUUAAAUACAAGUACCUAUAAUCUUACCAAUUAGUGGUUAAUAAUAAUUUAGUUUUACCUUAGUACAUAGAUUAUUUAUUCUUAUACAUUAGAAUGCAUUACCUAUAUACAUUAUGUAUCAAAUGUAUACAAAAAUAAUAAAAAUAUCAUUCCUUAUUUAUG